AUGAGUGUAUUUACUUUACAAUUAGCUCAGCUUAAUAUACAGAAAAUUAAUGAAAAAUCAACAGGUCCAGCUGCACAGCACUGCCUUUGUGAGCAUUGUAUGAAAGUGUUCGAAACGCCAUACGCGCUAAAGGCUCAUUUACUGAACGAAUUUGAGCUUAACGAAGAAUCUAUAGCAUUUUUCAAUGUUGAAGAAGGGCUCGAAGAGAACUCAGAGCCAUCAACUACAACAGAUAUAAGUGACCAGAAAUGCCAUGAAGCUAAACUUGAAGAAAUACUAUUAAAAUGUCCAAGCUGCGAUAAAAUUUGUAAAGGCCAUAAAGGCUUAGGUCAGCAUAUCGGUAAAAAGCACAGCCGGAAAAGAAAAAAUUCAACCUGUAAACAAUGUGGGAAAGGCUUCAGGCAAAAGUAUGCAUUGAAGUUUCAUAUUAGACAAGUCCAUGAAGAAGCUACUAAAGUGAUUUGUGAUUUCUGCGCAAAAGAAAUAUACAACAAAUACUCGCUUCUAAAGCAUAUUUCUAAGAAACACAAUGAUGCUAGAAAAUAA